AUGGCCGCUCGGUCGCUCAUGUUCCAGGGAACCGCCUCGGACGCCGGCAAGUCGCUGGUGACCGCCGGCCUUUGCCGCGUGCUCGCCCGCCGGGGCCAUGCCGUGCGGCCGUUCAAGCCCCAGAACAUGUCCAACAACGCGGCGGUGACUCCGGACGGCGGCGAGAUCGGCCGCGCGCAGGCGCUUCAGGCCAGGGCCUGCGGGGUGCCGCCGUCGGUGGACAUGAACCCGGUUCUGCUCAAGCCGCAGUCGGACGUCGGGGCGCAGGUCGUGGUCCACGGCAAGGUUCGCGGCAACUUCGACGCCGGCCACUUUCAGGACGUGAAGCAGGAAUUGAUGCCGGCGGUCCUGGAGAGCUUCGAGCGGCUGAAGGCGGAUGCGGACUUCGUCCUGGUGGAAGGCGCGGGCAGCGCCGCCGAGGUCAACCUGCGAGCCCACGACAUCGCCAACAUGGGCUUCGCCGCCGCCGCCGGGGUGCCGGUGGUGCUGGUGGCGGACAUCGACCGGGGCGGCGUCAUCGCCAACCUGGUGGGCACCUGGGAACUGCUGCCGGAUGAGGAACGCAAGCUGUUGCGGGGCUACCUGAUCAACCGGUUUCGCGGCGAUGUCCGAUUGUUCGCGGACGGGCUACGCACCAUCACGACACGCACCGGCCUGCCGUCCUUCGGCAUCAUCCCGUACCUGGCCGCCGCCCUCCGCCUGCCCCAAGAGGACGCACUGUCACUGGACAAUCGCAGGACGCCUCCCGGCGGCGGCGACUUCCGCGUGCCCCGCCUGCCGCACAUCGCCAACUUCGACGACUUCGAUCCGUUGAUGCUCGAGCCGGCGGUGCGGCUGGACAUGGUGGCGCCGGGACACCCGCUGCCCGGCGAUGCCGACCUGAUCAUCCUGCCGGGCUCCAAGGCCACCGUUGCCGAUCUGCGGGCAUUCAAGCGGGAGGGGUGGGACAUCGACCUGAUGGCCCACCGGCGCCGGGGCGGCGCCAUCCUGGGCAUCUGCGCCGGCUACCAGAUGCUCGGACGAACGGUGGCGGACCCCCAGGGCAUCGAAGGACCACCGGGGGAGGAAGCGGGCCUGGGCCUCCUGGACCACGAGACCGUGCUCACCGGCGGCAAGACACUCCGACAGGUCGCCGGCGUGGGAAAGACCAUAGACGCCCCCUUCACGGGCUACGAAAUGCACGUGGGCGAAACCACGCGCCGCGGCGCCCACCGGCCGUUCCUCCUGCCCGACGGGCAGGGCCACGAUCCCGGCACCGUCUCCGAGGACGGUCGGCUCAUGGGCUGUUACGUCCAUGGGCUCUUGACCGGGGAUGCGUUCCGCCGCGAGUUCCUGCGGUCAUUGGGGGUCACCGGCGCGUUCGGCCCGGCCUACGAAGCCGCCGUCGACGAGGCGCUCGACGCGGUAGCCGACGCGUUCGAGGAGGCCAUCGACAUCGACCGGCUACUGGCCACGGCCGCGUAG